GCUGCCGCCGCGCCCCGCCCUGCGCGCUCGCGCUGGCUCGGCUGCUGCGGGCGGCGGGCGAGCGGAGGGCCGUCGCCCGGCAGCAGGUGGGCGGGGUGCGGGCGGGUGGCGGUGGCCGGGCCUGGGGCUGCCGGCUGCGCUCGGGCCGGGCGCGGCGGUCGUGCGGGCGGGCCAUGGACUUCAACAUGAAGAAGCUGGCGUCGGACGCGGGCAUCUUUUUCACCCGGGCGGUGCAGUUCACAGAGGAGAAAUUUGGCCAGGCCGAGAAGACCGAGCUUGAUGCCCACUUCGAAAACCUUCUGGCCCGAGCAGACAGCACGAAGAACUGGACAGAGAAGAUCCUGAGGCAGACGGAGGUGCUGCUGCAGCCCAACCCCAGUGCCCGAGUGGAGGAGUUCCUGUACGAGAAGCUGGACAGGAAGGUCCCCUCACGGGUCACCAAUGGGGAGCUGCUGGCUCAGUACAUGGCGGAGGCGGCCAGCGAGCUGGGGCCCACCACUCCCUACGGGAAGACACUGAUCAAGGUGUCAGAAGCUGAAAAGCGCCUGGGAGCCGCAGAAAGGGAUUUCAUCCACACGGCCUCCGUCAGCUUCCUCACUCCCCUGCGAAACUUCCUGGAAGGGGACUGGAAGACGAUAUCGAAGGAAAGGCGGCUCCUGCAAAACCGGCGUUUGGACUUGGAUGCCUGCAAAGCACGGCUGAAGAGGGCCAAGGCCGCAGAAGCCAAAGCCACGACGGUGCCUGACUUUCAGGAGACUAGACCUCGUAAUUACAUUCUCUCCGCCAGCGCCUCCGCGCUCUGGAAUGAUGAGGUGGACAAGGCCGAGCAGGAGCUUCGAGUGGCCCAGACAGAGUUUGACCGGCAGGCAGAAGUGACCCGUCUCCUGCUGGAGGGCAUCAGUAGCACUCACGUGAACCAUCUUCGCUGCCUGCACGAGUUCGUCAAGUCUCAGACAACGUACUACGCGCAGUGCUACCGCCACAUGCUGGACUUGCAGAAGCAGCUGGGCAGCUCCCAGGGUGCCAUAUUCCCAGGCACCUUUGUGGGCACCACAGAGCCCGCCUCCCCGCCCCUGAGCAGCACCUCACCUACUACCACCGCAGCCACGAUGCCUGUGGUGCCCUCUGUAGCCAGCCUGGCCCCUCCAGGGGAGGCUUCCCUCUGCCUGGAGGAGGUGGCCCCCCCUGCCAGCGGGACCCGCAAGGCCCGGGUGCUCUACGACUACGAGGCUGCUGACAGCAGUGAGCUGGCCCUGCUGGCUGAUGAGCUCAUCACCGUCUACAGCCUGCCUGGCAUGGACCCUGACUGGCUCAUUGGCGAGAGAGGCAACAAGAAGGGCAAGGUCCCUGUCACCUACUUGGAACUGCUCAGCUAGGCAGGGCCCCUCCUGGGCCCCUGCCCAUUCUGGCCUGGGCAGAAGAGGACAGAUAUAGCCCUGCCACUUACCUUGUCUGCUGGCGAUGCAGCUGCUCGGGAUGGGGAGACUAAUACACCCCAUUCUGCCUGUGCCCCAGUUAUCGGCUGUGAGGAGCCCAAGAGGCUGAAUGGCCCCAGCCCUCCCCUGGCCCUGCUUCUACCCUGUGGUUCUGGAGCCCCCAACCUUGCCUGCACCUCCUGAGCACCCCAACCCUCCUGGCUCCUACUAAGGAGGGAGGGGCUGCCUGCAGCAGCUGCACGUGGCACCCAGGCCAGGGUGGGGGCAGCCACAGAUGGACCUAGGAAGCCCUGGGGCACCCUUGGCAAGAAGAGAACCCCUGCCGUUUAGUUGCCAAAAGCAGCAAAGGGGAAAGUAGCGACAGGCAGGGCUCUGGCAGGGAGGGGAGAGCCUGGCAGGUGCCAGGGUUGAGCCUGGAGCAGCAUCUUCCGGUGCUACCCUGCCCCUCCCACCCCUCACCGCUCAAGCCAAGUCUGGUGGCUGCAGCCUUCACCUCUCCACACUCACUUUUUAACUGGUAUUUCUACUUCUGCCUGUCGCUUGCUCUCUAGCCAAUGACGAAUAA